AUGACUACUAAUAGUUGGCACAGUAUCUUGGUUAUUUACUUGGCUUCGUUGGCUCUUGAUUGGAGCUUGGAAAUGGGAAUUCAUCUUGAGAAGUCAGCGUAUCUUGCGUUAGCUGGUAACUUUCUGAGAUCAAACGAGCUCUCUAAAGUGAUUGAUGUGGUCAAGGAGAUGGUGAAAUCCCAACACUCGCUUGGUGUGUACCAUGGAGCAAUGCUGAUCCACAUGCUCGGGUUUGGGAGAAGACCUAGCUUAGCUGCAGAGGCUUUAGACUUACUUCCGGAUGAUCAAAAGGGUCUAUCUGCUUACACUGCGCUGAUGGAUGUUUAUAUCUCAGCAGGGAGUCCAGAGAAAGCAAUGAAGAUAUUAGGAGAGAUGAGAGAGCGAGAGAUAAUGCCUUCGCUUGGGACAUACGAUGUUCUAUUGUCUGGUCUUGAGAAAACCAGUGAUUUCCAGAGAGAAACAUCGUCAUUGAGGAAGGAGCAGAAGAGUCUUGUUGCUUCUACACGUUUCCGGGAAAUUGUUCAUGUUGAAGACAAAAUAUGCAUGUGA